CACCGGACGUGCCUUGCGCAUGGGCAGACUGGAAAGUGACGUGGAGAAGGUUGAUGUUUUUUCUUUAGACUUGUUAGACAAUUUUUACAGAUAUUUAGUGGAAUAAAUACUCGAGGAUGAUGCUGAAACGUGACAAGAAAGAAGAAGAAGACGGUGGCAACCCGUUCAAUAAUUUAGAGAAAAGUAGCGUAUUACAGGAGGCGAGAAUAUUUAAUGAAACUCCUAUAAAUCCUCGAAGAUGUGGCCAUAUUUUAACCAAGAUCCUCUACCUCAUCAACCAGGGUGAAUCUAUUGGAGCUACAGAAGCAACAGAGGCUUUUUUUGCAAUGACAAAACUUUUCCAAUCCAAAGAUACAACUUUAAGACGAUUGGUUUAUUUAGGAAUUAAAGAAAUGUCAAAAAUAGCCAAUGAUGUCAUCAUUGUCACCAGCAGUUUAAUGAAGGAUAUGACUGGUAAAGAAGAUCAGUUUCGUGGUCCUUCUAUUAGAGCUUUAUGUUCUAUUACAGAUCACAUGAUGUUACAGAGUAUAGAACGUUAUAUGAAACAAGCUAUAGUAGAUAAAGUUUCUGCUGUUUCCAGUGCUGCCCUUGUUUCAUCUUUGCAUUUAAGUCAUGUGAGUCAGGAAGUUACGAAACGUUGGGUAAACGAAGCUCAAGAAGCUGUGAAUAGCGACAACAUGAUGGUACAGUAUCAUGCGUUGGGGUUAUUAUAUCAUAUUCGUAAGAAGGAUAAAUUAGCCGUCAACAAGUUGGUGACUAAAUUUAGUAAACAUUCUCUACGAUCACCGUAUGCAUAUUGUUUAUUGAUCCGUAUUGCCAGUAAAUUAAUUGAAGAAGAAGAUGCAGGAUCUGAGAGUCCAAUGUUUGAUUUUAUUGAGAAUUGUCUACGUCAUAAGAAUGAGAUGGUUAUAUAUGAAGCUGCUCAUGCUAUUGUUAAUAUGAAGAAUACAACAGCUAAAGAUCUUGCUCCUGCUGUCUCCGUUCUCCAACUCUUCUGUGGUUCACCAAAACCUACUUUACGAUUUGCUGCGGUUCGAACUCUCAAUAAGGUUGCUAUGAAACAUCCAGCUGCUGUGACAGCAUGUAACCUUGAUCUUGAAAGUUUAAUCACUGAUGUCAACAGAAGUAUCGCCACCCUCGCUAUCACAACGUUACUUAAAACUGGUAACGAAUCAAGUGUUGAUCGUCUAAUGAAACAGAUUUCAUCAUUUAUGUCUGAAAUCUCUGAUGAAUUUAAAAUAGUUGUAGUUCAUGCUAUCAGAUCUCUGUGUGCUAAGUUUCCCCGUAAACACAAUGUAUUGAUGACAUUUUUAUCUUCCAUGUUACGAGACGAGGGAGGUUUUGAUUAUAAAAGAGCUAUAGUUGAUUGUAUUAUUACAGUCAUUGAAGAAAAUCCAGAAGCUAAAGAAGCAGGUUUGGCUCAUCUAUGUGAGUUUAUAGAAGAUUGUGAACAUACUGUACUGGCUACCAGAAUUCUACAUUUAUUAGGCCGUGAAGGUCCUCGUACACCAUCACCAUCUAAAUAUAUACGAUUUAUAUAUAAUCGUGUUAUACUGGAGAACGCUGCUGUACGAGCAGCUGCUGUUAGUGCUAUAGCUAAAUUUGGUGCCCAUUGUGAUGAAUUAUUACCCAGCUGUGUUGUUCUAUUAGAACGAUGUCAGUUGGAUACAGACGACGAGGUUCGAGAUCGUGCAACUUUCUACGUAAGCAUCUUAAAACAACAACAGAAAUCAUUGAACUCUGCCUACAUUCUAAACGGUUUACAAGUUUCUGUGGUUGGUUUAGAAAGAGCUGUACAUAAUUACACCCUAGAACCAUCUGAAACUCCAUUUGAUCUAAAAUCUGUGCCACUAGCAACUCAAACAAUGACAGAACAGAAAACAGUGACAUCUCGUGAUACAGGAGAUAUGGGAAUGAGUAAAACUGUGGACAAACCAGUUGCUUCACGUGUAGAUGUUUACGCAGAACAACUAUCUGCUGUACCAGAGCUGGCUAACUUAGGACCAUUAUUCCGAUCAUCUCAACCAAUAGAGUUAACAGAAUCCGAGACUGAGUAUGUGGUACAAUGUAUUAAACACACAUUUAGCCAUUAUCUAGUAUUCCAGUUUGACUGUACGAACACGUUGAAUGAUCAACUGCUAGAGAAUGUUUCGGUUCAUAUGGAUGGUUCAGACGGGUUUGAAGUAAUGAAAUAUAUACAUUGUAGUAAUCUCCCUUACGAUAAACCUGGUACUACCUAUACACUCGUUAGAUUACCUGAAGAACCAACCUCAGUGACUGGAACAUUUACGUGUACAUUAAAAUUUAUCGUGAAGGAUUGCGACCCCAAUACGGGAGAACCUGACGACGAAGGCUACGAAGAUGAAUAUGUGUUGGAGGAUGUUGAGGUGAAUGUUGCCGAUCACGUACAGAAAGUUAUUAAAGCUAACUUUGGUGCAUCAUGGGAAGAAGUUGGUCCAGAGAAUGAAUUAGAAGAUACAUACGCUCUAUCGUCUAUGUCUACACUUGAAGAAGCUGUUAAGAAUAUCAUCCAGUAUCUCGGAAUGCAGCCGUGCGAAAGGUCCGACAAAGUUCCUGACGGGAAAUCAUCGCAUACCCUUUAUCUUGCCGGAGUUUUCCGUGGCGGACAUGAUGCACUUGUACGAGCCAAGUUGGCACUGACUGACGACAGUGGUGUGACGAUGCAACUGACAGUCCGAUCAACAGAUCCUAAUGUGUCCGAAGUCCUUGCUACAGCUAUAGCCUAAAUAUUUAAUUCUCUAUAUAUAUAUUUUUUUUUUUUAAUUGGACUAUUAGUAAAAUUGUUUCAUUGUAAAUAAUCUUUUUAUGUCAAAUAAAAUAUAUAAUCAUGUAUCUAAUAAUGUCAAUUCAUUAAGCGCGAAAUCUACAAAACAUGUUCGAAGAAUUACAUUUUUUAUCAAUACGCUAAAAUUAGAAAAUUAUCAAAGAAAAUUCUAUAAAUCAAUAUUUGAAAAAAUCUAAAUAACUAAAAGAUACAUUAUGUAAGAUUUAGAUAAAGAGCUGGUCGUUCUUGCUAUAAUAGUUCCAGAAUAGAUAAUUCAAAAUUAAUUAAUAUAUUAAAAAUCUCAUUCAAAUUAUACUUUGAGUGACAUUAUCAGUGUUAGAAGUUUUGAUUGUGGUUUUUUUUAGCACUUUUCCAUUUUAAAAUUAAAUCAUUAAUUUAAUAAUUAAAUGGCGAUCAUCUAAAGAGUUAAUUAUAGGCUUGUCAUGUUAAUAAAUUAAUGUCUAAUAAGGUAAAGAAAGACCUGCAAGAGGCAGAUUUAUCGCUUACAUAAUGCAUCUUUUAAUAUGAUUGAAGAUUAUUGUUCAUGUCUUUAGAUCAAUGUCAAAUUCAGACAAUAAAAACAUAUAUACAAAGCU